UUUUUUCUUCUUCUUCUUUAUCUUGUUAUAAUUAAACAAACGGUACUGUAGUUCAGCAAACACCGCUUGCAGCCACUUCGCACAUUGUUUUGCCACAUUGCUGUUUAAUUGAUAUUAAAACAUAAGCAGAAGAAAGUAGAAACUGAAGCUAUGUCGAAACUGAGACUGGCCGCAAAUUUGUCCAUGCUUUUCACUGAUUUACCCAAUUUAUCUGACCGUUUCUUGGCUGCGAAAGAAGCUGGUUUUCGAUACACAGAAUGUGCUUUUCCUUACAGCGAAGAUAUAAGUGUAUUAAAAGCGGCGAAAGAAAAAUCUGGUGUUGAACAUGUUCUAAUCAACUCCUGGCCUGGUGAUUUGGCCAGUGGACAACUUGGUAUAGCAGCAUUGACAAAUGAACGAAAGACAUUCCGUGAUAAGCUGGAACUUACCAUUGAAUAUGCCAAGGCACUUGACUGCAAACGAGUUCAUAUUAUGGCUGCUAAACUACCUAAAUAUUCUGAUAGUGCCGUGGAAGAAACUUUCACGGAUAACCUACAAUAUGCUGCAGACCGAUUGAUGAAGGAAAAUAUUAUGGGAUUGAUUGAACCAAUAAAUUCUCGCUUAAGUGUUCCUAAAUAUUUCCUUGAUAAUCUCCAUAAAGCUUUGAAAUACGUCCAGGAACUGAACCAUCCAAAUUUGAAGUUGCAGUUUGAUUUCUUCCAUGUCCAGAUUAUGGAUGGAAAUCUUACAGCCAACUUCAAAGACUUCCUGCCUUACAUAGGUCACAUACAGAUAUCUCAAGUUCCUAACCGUGGUGAACCAAACACUGAUGGAGAAAUCAACUACAAUUAUAUUUUUAAGAUGUUGCAAUCCUCAAAUUACGAUGGUUACAUUGGUCUUGAGUAUAAUCCUGUUGGUAACACUCGUGAUGGACUCAGUUGGAUUCAACAAAUGGGACUGCAAUUAUAAGAUACCAUAUAUUUUCAUAUUAAUUAACCAGAGGGCUCCUGAUUAAUAUAUGUACAUUUUUUAUUGAUAAUAUAUAUUAUCUGCAUUUUAAUAAUUUAAAACAAAGAUAAUUGUAUUGGUUUUGUUAUACCUAUAAGCUGAAAAGUUAAAUAUUAACUUUUGUAUUAAGAAUAUUUUUUACAAGACACUACAAAAGUAUAUUUUUAUAUUUGAGCUACUGAGAUAAACAUUUUAUUUACACAACCAAAGAUUAUGUAGAACACAUUUCUUUAAUGCUGUACCUUUUUAUGGUUAUAAUGGGACGGUGUAUCCAUUUUUUUCUACUAAAAGUCUAAGCAGAAAUGAUUGGCUCAAAAUGCAUGAAGUAUUUUGCCUCAAAGUUAUAUUCUGUAAUUACUGAAGUAAUAUCAAUUAAGGUUACCUCACAUAUCAAAUAAAUAAAAUUCUAGAGAAUAUCAGUUUUGUUACCUUAAAAAACAAAUCCUAGUUUAAUAAUAUAUCACUAAAAUAUGAAUUCUAUCACAUGUGAAAGGCCUCAAAAAGAAUAUAUUUUAAAUUGAAGAAAAAUGAAAUUGUACCAUUCAGUCAGAAAUAAAAUGUAUGAAAGUAAACUGAAACAAAUUGAAAAUGUGGAUUAGUUUUUUUAUUUAACAGUAAAAUGUACAAGUUUAAUUUAGAAUAUGACAUUGUGUGCAACCCAAUACAUCACAUAGAAAACAUUCUUUCGACUGCAAGAGACAGUAGACAAAUUGCAAAGAUUUUGUUUCACAAUUUUAAGGACAGUAUAUAUAUAUAUUAUAUAUAAGAACCAAGAUUUUCGCUAUUUUGUAUAUAAAACUGUCAAGCAUAUGCAUUAUAUAUACACAAUGCUUAUGUGUCCUCAACAGUUAAAGUCAAAAAGAUUAUGAAGAAAAUGGUUUGAUUACAAGAGAAAUAACCAAGUUUCAACCAGAUCUAUAAAUGGUAACUAUAGAGUAUGGUGUUACAAGAGAGAAAUCUAAUUGCUAAUUUGUUUGGAUUAUGUUUGUUGUUUAAAAUAAAGCAAUUAGAAUUGAAUCAUUUUUUUUAUGGAUGUACAUAUGAUUGAGUAGAUCAUCUUUUUCUAAAGAUCAGAGAAGGAUUAGAAAGAUCUUUUAUCUGAGGUGCUCUUCCAGGAGAUGGUGUACAUAUUAUAUUAAAUAAGUUUUUGGAAGGAUGCCCACAUAAAUAAGCAUUAAAAAAAA